AUGCCUGUUACACUUCGCCGGCGCUUGGACUGUCACUACUGUGGACGCAGAUCGAAAUUGCCAGCGGGGAAGAAGCCUGGUCGCAAAUUUCAGUGCGAGCACUGCCUUGCCGUCAACUUCUUCGACGAGAAUGGCGAGAUAGCAGACGUCCCAUUAGAAGAAGCUGCCCCCGCUCAGCGCUUCGCGCAGCCGGUCGGUGCAAAUCCCGUUGCCAACGACUUCUCCUCCCAGGACUCAGUGUUCUGUUCGACAUGUCUCAAGAACCAGCAGUUGUACACCUACAAUCUCUCCCAGUUCCUCCCAGACCCAGAUCACCCCGAUUACGAGCAACUAGAGGCUCAACUUCCAGAGUACAAGAAGGGACUCGAACAACGAUACCCCCAAUGCUGCGCCAAGUGCGAACCCAAAGUCAGAGCUCAGUUGCACAAAGCUACCUACAAUGCCAGAAGCGAUCACCUCCGGCGGGUCUUGGACAGGUCCCGACAAAGGAGAGUUGCCAGCCCAUGGGGUUGGAGAAGUCUUCUCCUCAACGCGGCUGGAUUUGGCCAUAUUCUCAGUCUGGCUUUGCAAUUAAUCUGGCAUUUGUACGGCUCUCAAGUGGUCAGCGGGUCGUUGAAACGGGGACUCACACCCGCUGAGUGUCUCUCUCAGCGACACUGUCUGCCUGAAUGCCUAGAAUUGAUGGAGCCGCUUGUGGGACUUGCUUUAGUUCUUGGAAUGCUCUGUAUCUGGUGGAAUCCAAAGUGGCAGCACAAGUUGUCGAACAGUGAGCGGCGCUUGUCGGGCUUAAAUGAGUAUUAUCUGGCACAAUUUGUCUUGAUGGGUUUGAGAUUAAGUGCCUGGAUUAUCUUGUUUCAUGUCCCUCUGUCAUUGCGGAUGAAAGCGAUGCUGCAUGCUUGUUUUGUGGUCGCCAUUACAGUGCUUGCAGGGUGGUCGAUUUUUGGGAUCACGACAGCCAGCUCUGGACCCCAGAUCAAUUGGCAUGAUGACCCAGCGCCAUUGCUGUCGAGCAACCAGUUCGUACCUCCCACCCCUCUUGAACAGCAAGGGAUACAGCCAUCCCUGGAUCAGCCAUUCAGCAUCGCCAAUUUGGCAACACCUGGAAGACCAACCUAUCAAGCAUGGAAUCCUCCCACGCCCCCGCCAGAGAGCGCCGAAGCGAUGGACUGGACACCAUCCCAGCCGACUUUUCAACCAGAGCUCAAGCAGAUUCGCUAUACAGCAGCCGAUCCAACGCCCUUUCGCGGCACUCUACCAGCAUUGAAUGCAAGGGGUGUCCUCAAAAAUCAGGUUCAGGGGCGAACUGGUAAAGAGGCUAUUGGUCUCCCGCCGGGAUUUUUCGACAAGUCUCAUCAGUCGUUCCUCCCUCCGCGCCAAACCGCAACAGCCAGCGAGGCCAUAGCACAACCAAAGUUCUUCGGACACGAGAGACAAGUCGAUACGGGGCUGGAAACCAUAUUUGACACUGUCUUCUCUUUGCAGGACUCGUCCUUGCAUCAGCCUGAAUCUGUCUCCACCUCUGGUCCAAAGUCUCUCAAUACUCCACCCGCUGGAGAGGCUCGUGUCGGGCCGCAAACUGUGCGCGAAACUCUGCCAGUUCUGAAACUCUUCAGUAGCAUAUGCAUUCUCUCACUCAUGGUAGGCCUGGCCGCAUGGAUCUUCGAAGCUGCCAUCCGACCCAAGACUUCGCAACUAGGCUACUACACCGUCCUGUUUAGUGUGGUCGUGCCGUUUGGUCACAUCAUCAUCAGUCUUUAUUUGCACGGAACUCGCAGUCAAACAUCAAAACUACUCCUGUACACUCUUGAAGCGGGCCUGCUGGUCGGCGUUGCCAUGGUCCAAAACCGAUUUGGUGAACUCUUUCGAAAUCUUUGGGAUAAGCUUGCAAUUGCGGUCGUUGCUCUAUUGCUCCCUCAAGAGUUUUUGGCACUGAGUCGUUACUUCUCGGCAUUUCAACGUCACCAUCAAGCUGCUUCACACAACCACGUUCCACUCCAGCCAUUUCCUGAAUCGCAGAUGCAAAAGUCUAUGAGCCCGCGUCCCAGCGCUCCGGCGGCAACAAUACCUCGCCUUACACGAACCGACUCAAGUGAGUCGAUCCAGACUCAGAGUUCAAUACCCACGACUACCGAGACCGAGUCAUGGGAAACACCACGAGCAGAAAACUAUCGUUUUGAUCACUUCGAAUCAUCCAACCCUCCGUCACUGACAGCGAGUACAUGGUCUUCAGCGAGUCGAAAGCAUCAACACCAAGUUUUGAAUCGACACAUGAUUGGCAUGGAUGGUCUGUCAUUGGAUGAAGAUGACGGCAUUUCACGGGAUGAGAGCACACGCGUCUCGAAUACACUCAGACGCGUGAGGCUUGGGUCUUCUUCUGGGUCAAGUAUUGCGGGGCCUAGAGCGAGACGGAAAUUUUGA